UUUUACCGAUUUUUAAACCUACAUCUAUCUUUAAAUGACUUUGUUUGACAAUUUUGGUUUUCUUUACAGAUUGCUUUUUUACAGUGUGAAUCUAACAUAAACUAGUGCCACUAUUAUGAUGAUGAUGAUUAUUAUGACCGAACAACUUCAUUCAAGUGAGGUGUUACCAACUGAAGCAAUAAACUGAAGUUGGUCCUACAUCCCUUUAUGCAGUUUAUUAUUAAUUGUCAUUAGUGUGGCAAAAUGUUCUGAGCUCAUAUAUUAAAAAGCCGGUUGUGUAACUGAAUCGUGUAUUUGCUUUAAAGCAGUAGUUAAAUGAAGUGAAUGGAAGUGGAGCUGCUGCUGUUCAGGACCCUGGACAGCGGAGCCUCACCGCUCUGGAGGAGCGGAGCUUCUCUUUUUUUUCCCUCUCUGAUCUGAUCGUCGGAUCGGUGUGACGCUGGAUCUGCUCCCGGCUCUCCUCCUCACCCCCCCGACUCGCUGCUCUCCUCCCCCUCCUCCCCCUUUACGGAACGUCAGCCGCAGCAGAGCGGGAUUUAAACAGGGACGGAGAGGGAAGAGAGUGGAGCGUCUCUGGAAACAGUCACAGUGCGCUUCAUAGACCGCCACACGGUGGAGCAAAGCCUAACCAAACUUUUUUAAAAUCAUUUUUUGAAAAAAACAAACAAAACAUUUUUACCAACAUCCCCCUUCUCCCCCUUCUCUUAAACUGAUCCACAAAGUUUUCCAACAAACAAACUCUUUACUUCCUCACAUUUCUGUUGCUGGCUCCACUUUUUUUUUUUUUUUUUUUUGACGUUUAAAGCAACAAGUGUGCCAGAGACAUCUUGUCCUUUUGUUUCUUUUUUUCUUCCCCAUAUAGAAAAAAAGAAAUGCCAACGACAUAUUAAGCCGCCCGGGGUGGCACCACAGUGACACUGGACUGAAAUGAUCGUGUCCAACGUGAACCUGAGCGGCUGCGCGGAGGUCAACAGCGCUGUGUGCGCCGGAGCCGGGGAAGGGCACCUGGGGGGCGGAUCAUACCGGACCACCCUCACCCCGACGGGGAACCUGGUGGUGGCCGUGUGCCUGGGCUUCAUCGGCACUUUCGGACUUCUGAACAACCUGCUGGUGCUGGUGCUCUUCUGCCGCUACAAGAUGCUGCGGUCUCCCAUCAACCUGCUCCUGGUUAACAUUUCCAUCAGCGACCUGCUGGUGUGCGUACUGGGGACUCCGUUCAGCUUCGCGGCCAGCACGCAGGGAAGGUGGCUCAUCGGGGAAGGAGGAUGCGUGUGGUACGGAUUCGCCAACUCCCUGUUUGGCAUCGUGUCCCUGAUCUCCCUGGCUGUCCUCUCCUAUGAGCGCUACAGCACCAUGAUGGCCCCCACUGAGGCCGAUUCCUCCAACUACCGUAAGAUUUCCAUGGGCAUCACCCUGUCCUGGGUCUACUCCCUCAUCUGGACGGUGCCGCCGCUCUUCGGCUGGAGCCACUACGGCCCAGAGGGUCCCGGUACCACCUGCUCUGUCGACUGGAAGGCCAGGACGGCGAAUAACAUAUCUUACAUCAUCUGCCUGUUUGUCUUCUGCCUCAUCGUGCCGUUCCUGGUGAUCGUGUUCUGCUACGGGAAGCUUCUUUGUGCCAUCAGACAGGUGAGUGGGAUCAAUGCUUCGAUGAGCAGGAAACGUGAGCAGCGUGUGUUAUUCAUGGUGGUGAUUAUGGUGAUCUGCUACCUCUUGUGCUGGCUGCCAUACGGCACCAUGGCCCUGCUGGCCACCUUCGGACCGCCGGGCCUGGUCACACCCGAGGCGAGCAUCAUCCCAUCAGUCCUGGCCAAAACCAGCACGGUCAUCAACCCGGUCAUCUACGUCUUCAUGAAUAAACAGUUUUACAGAUGUUUCCAAGCCCUGCUGCACUGUGAAACUCCUCGACGAGGCUCCAGCUUAAGGAGUUCCUCCAAGGUCGCCACCAAGGCCAUGAGGGGCGCAGCGGCCACCGGUCCUCGGCGUUCCAAUGAUUUCCUAUUUAUGGUAGCCUCACUGGGUCAACCUGCUGGCACGCUGCCCCAGCUGGGCCCCUCCUGUGAACCCACCAUUGAUAUCAGCAAAGCCCCUUCCUCAGAAAACAAACCUGUGGUAGUAUCACUAGUGGCCCACUUUGAUGGCUGAUGAUUGACUGUAACCAUGAAAUCCCACAGCCCCCAGCCAGGGAGUCAUUAAUAAUGAGAGAGGUGGUACUGAGGCUUAAAGAGCAGCAACCUCCCAGUCCAGGUGGAUUUAACGCAGCUCUUGCAUCAGCUCUGCCCUGGCUGGUACAGAUGAUGGACCAGUAACAAAGGGAAACCUUGGACUGCCUCUGAACAAUAUGUGCAAAAAUCUGAGGCUGCGAGCUUACAGAAGCCAGGAGUCUGUGUUUCUCUGCAGAAAAGAAAUAUACAUCUGUCUCACAAAGAAAGGGGAUUGAAAGGAUGUUCUUGUCACAACUUUAUGAGAAGGCACUGCUAUUGUAAUAAAAGAAGAAUUGUAGGGAUCAUUCUUUGUGCAAUACCUAUAGGUCUGGUAGGAUAUUCAUUCACAUACAAUUCCAUAACAGAAAUGUGUUUAGAGUGCAGGAGGAGGGAUGAGAUGUAUUUUUGGAUUGAUUUGUAACUGACAGUGGUUACAGCGUGAGGUUGAAUAACACAAGUUAUUACCCCAAGCAUUUUUAAAUCUUUCUUAGAGUAGAUGAGAUUUUUAAAAAAUGACAAAAAGAGUAGGCAGAGUAAUGAGACUGUACUGGAAAUGAUUUUAAUGUUUCAGCCGUUUUAGCAUUCUUUCACUGUAAGUAAUUCUCUUUUCAGCAAUUCAUCGCUCAUCACUUUGAAGCUGGUUUUCAAUUAAAUGGUUUAAUAAGUGGCUUGUUGUACAUGUAGCAUUGCUAGCAUGCUAGCGGCAUUAAAGUUUUUUCAGGAAUAGACUUUAGAGCCAAUGAAUUAAGUGCAUGUAGGAGAGUCGCUGUAUAGUUUCUCAAUAAAGACUGUGCAUGUGCACUGUGGCAGCAUACUGCAAAUGAGUGUUGACAAAUGAAAUGUCUGAUGAUGUUCAGUAGACAGCACUUAGAGAUAGAGGUAAAUUGUACAGGGAGAAAUCCUGAAAAUGUAUGCCUCUGAUGUUUUACUUAUUUUGUCAUUAGACACGUCCACAUGUACUUUUGUUGGCAACGUGCAGGAAAUCCUCUGUAUAAAAAGGAUGCCUAAAAGGACAACUCCAAAAAUCCAUGAAUCUAGUAGUUAGCGUCUUGUUCAUAGGCAUACUAUCCCUGCUGCUCUUAAUUUACACAACAAUCAAAAAUAUUUGCCUCCUCAAGAGCCACUCUAAGAUGUUUUACAGUCUGAAUAAUUGGCAUCAUCUCAGAGAAUAUGAACAUACUGACAAACAAAGAAAAGAAAAGAAAGAUUCUGUGGAAAAUAAAUUCUUUCACAGUAUCUCCAAAAGCAAAACAAAGGACUUCACCCGAGGCAACAAAUAUCUGUUAGAUGGAAAAAGUUAGGCGUGUAUAUAUUAUUUGCCAUGUGCUUGUCAGCAUCUUGUUCAAUUUUUUGAUAACUGAUUUGACAUUUUUUCCCUUCUUGCAAUGCAAAGAUAACAGUGGAGUUUCUGAAAGCGGUGCAUCGGUGCUGUGUUGUCAGUGAACGUCUAAGCUGUAAGUGGUGUGGUACUGUUUGCUACUGCAUACGGCAUACAGUGUGGGAUUUUUUUUGGAAUUCACUUUUAGCACACAAACUGUUCUCUCUGUGCUGUCAUCAUCUUGUAUACUAUUAAUGUACAUGAGUUGAUACCAAAGCAAAAAGACAUUUUAAUAUUUUGGAGGGAUGCUGUUCAAUAAAUUUUCUAAAUCGAAA